AUGACCAGGGCUCUAUUGUACCUCGCUACUCUCUUUCCCCUUUGCGCUUGGGCUUCGCCAGCGGGCAGCUCACGGAAGUACGGCGACUGCAAGGAACUUAAUGUCUCUGUCACUACAUCAUCGCGCGGCUAUGUUUUUGACAUCCCCAAAGUCAACAAUGAUAUUGAAGCAACAUUUUGGGCCAUCAAUUUCGACACCUGGAGCCACAAACCAAAUCCUGAACCAAUACUCAAGAACACCACAAUCUCUGGAACUUACAACAUUCAUGCCCAGGUCUGCGUUCCAAAGUCCGGUGGUGAUGUUCUGCAAAUAGCCACUCAUGGAGCUUACUACGAUGGGAGAUAUUGGGACGCUAAACUCGAGGGACAUUCGUAUGUCAACGCAGCUCUACAAGCCGGAUACUCAAUUCUCACUUAUGAUCGACUGGGAACUGGCCAAUCCGAUAAGCCUGAUGCAUACACGGUCGUACAAGCACAAUUCGAAGUGGAGAUUCUUCGAGAGUUGACAGUGAUAUCAAAGAACGGCGCUUUCGGCUUCAAACCAAAGAAAAUCGUUCACGUUGGCCACAGUUUCGGCUCCAUAGUCACCUCGGCAUUCAUCGCAACAUAUCCAGCAUUGAGCGAUGGCGCAAUAAUCACGGGCUACGUACUGAAUGAGCAUUUAGGUGAAGUAGGCCGAUCCUCCUGGAAUGUACAGCACGCAACCAACUGGCCUAGUGGGUAUGUCACCAUGCAAAAAAGCGGAAUCCAGGCUACUUUCUUUGGCGGCGACUUCACUCCCGAUCUGCUCGAUUAUGGCGACAAGAUUAAAUCACCUACGGCCGUUGCUGAAAUCGCCUCUGGAGGUCUUCUUGUCAUGGCCUCGGGCCCCUUCAAGGGACCAAUACAUUAUAUACUGCCGGAGUUGGAUUUCUUCAUCUGCGCAGGCGACUGCAAAAAUGUGACUAGCCUGGAAGCGCUCAAGCACACAUUUCCCAAUGCGAGCUCGAUUCAACUUGACAUACAGCCAAAUACAGGCCACGCUUUGCCUCUCCACCACAAUGCAACAGCUGGAUUCCAGGUGUCGUUUGAGUUCUUGCGCAGGAACAGCCUCUAA